CAGCAUUCCUUACCCCCUAAAUGCCCUUAAGUCACUCACCACCCUCCAAAUCCCCCUUCUGGCUCUUACUUUUCUUCAUUCGCCUUCUCUCCAAAAAAUCAAUUUUGGCAAUUUUUCUUAUCCUUCAUUGUAAAUUCUCUAGGCUCUACACCAAAAAGAUGCAGCAGAGGCUCUUAGGUGCUGGAAAGACGGAAUAUUAGCAUUUUUUGAAAAAUUAAGUGGAAUUUUGGGGAUUUUGAAAAUUUGGAGCGUUUUGAGGGGUUUUGGUAUCCCUGCCCACCGCUUCCAAAUUCCUCCAAACAAGUCCAUUCUCUAAAUUCUCCAAAACCCCCUACAGCUACAAGCUAAGCUAAGUUCAGCUGCAGAGGGUGAGGCUAAAUUUUGGAAGCUUGAGUGGGCCGAGUGGGCUUAGGAAGAAGAAAAUAGGAUUUUGAGUGGGAAUUUAAGGGGGUUUGUAUGGAAGAAGUGGGGUUUUAAGGGGUAUUGGGGUGGAUGGGGAGUUUUAGGAUAUGAGGGAAGAUAUGAUUUUUUGGACGAGAUUUGGGAUUGUAGAAUUG